UGAGAGUCAGCUGAGUGGUGCUCAGCCUGGCUGAUUGAUCUUUAUGUUGUAUUACUCACUGUGCCACACCUAACUUUCCGCUCGCUGUGUGCUCACUCCAGUCACUUAGUGUACAACUAUCUAGUGAGAAGGUAACUAGACAGAAAGCUAGGUGUAGAGGGGUGUAAUUUGUGUAAUAUCUGAGAGAACAGCCCAUCCUUUUGGGCAGGAUUGAACAACUGCGUGGUAAGAAAUCAUGGCAGACACAGAGCCUCCUUACCAGGGGGACCAAGGGAUGGUGCCUCGGCAGCCAUCCCAUGCUGCAGCAGAUUUACUGUCAACUUUGAAGAAGGCCCUCUUUAUCCUUGGCUCUACUACAAUCAUCUUUGCAGCUUUAAGAAACAGUCUCACCUACCAUUUGCAGCAUUUUUGGGGAGCCUCAGGAAACUUUUGGCAGCACCAGUGGGAUAAGAUCCUGCAUUCAUUUGGAGAUGACUCUUAUGUCUUAAUGACUUAUGGAACCACUAUUGUGUCGUAUAUUGUGUAUUGGUCAGUUGGGUCAGUUUACACACUCAUGGAUUUGUUUAAUAAACCUGCAUUUAUAAAGCGCUAUAAAAUCCAACCUGGAACCAAUGAACCUGUUGAACUUCAAAAGCUUAUUAAGUGUAUCCUGUGGGUGAACUUCAAUCAGACUGUUAUCAGCAUUCCUUUUUCUAUGCUCUGUUACUACUUGAUGUGCUUGCGAGGAUUUGACCAGUCGCCUCAACUACCAACGUUUCAUUGGGUUCUGUUUGAGUUAAUUGUCUGCAUACUCUUUGAAGAAAUAGGCUUCUACUAUUCACACAGGCUUUUCCACCAUCGUUUGCUGUAUAAACACUUCCAUAAGCUACAUCACGAGUGGCAAAGUCCCAUUGCAAUCACAGCCAUAUAUGCCCACCCAUUGGAGCACAUGUUCUCCAAUAUGGCUCCCGUUUUUCUUGGGCCACUUGUGAUGGGUUCCCAUGUAGCAACUAUAUGGCUGUGGGUCAGUCUUGCUCUGCUCAGCACCUUAAAUGCUCACAGUGGUUACCAUCUGCCAUUCUUCCCAUCGCCUGAGGCUCACGAUUUCCAUCAUCUCAAAUUUAACCAGUGCUAUGGAGUAUUGGGUGUUUUGGAUUUGCUUCAUGGAACAGAUGAUAAGUUUAGAGCAUCCAAGUGUUUCUCUCGUCACCUUAUGAUGCUCUCUCUUGUGCCACCUCGUGAAGCCUUCCCUGAUGAUAAACCAGAGGGCAAAGUCAUUAAAGGCAAACAGUGCUAAUGUUAACUAUAAACAAAUAGGCAGGGAACAUUUUUAAUACUGUAUAUUUUUUAAAUUCAGAAAUACUUCUGUUGUCAAACUUUUCAUUUGUUUUAUUUUUAUAAGCAGCUUACAGUACAGCUAGUUUUAUCCCAGAAGUUAUUUUUUUAUUUUGACAAUUUUUAAAAUACAUGGGAUAAAAUCUCAAUCAUGGUUGCAAGAAUAUUAGAUAUAUCAAAAUGAGUUGGCAUUUCUUUUUGAAUAUCAAAAUAAUAAUAAGGGACAUAGAAAGAUAUAAUUUCACUUGGUAUCAUUUCUGAAUUAUACUUGCAAUAGUUAAGUUAAAAUAACUAUAAUAUGCAACACUCGGCUGAUUAAUGAUAAAUUAAUUUGGUAUAAUCUGCUUGAAUUUUUUUUUUUUUUCAUGUAUAUUUACUUUAUAGACCAAGACACUAACAAUUGUCUUUUUAAGCAUUUGCAUCAAGGAUUAUAAAUUAGUGCCUACCCAUUGUUGCUCCCAUAUUUUGGCUCUGGUAUUGUAGUGAAACUGUUUGGAAAAUGCUUCCAUUCAUUACUAAAUACUCAAAGAAGUAAGCAAGCCUUCCAUAAUGUGUUAAAGUAGCAUGUAGAGCAGGGAUUCUGUAAUUUGUGAGAUAUGCAAUUUGCUGUAUUGGUGUAUGAUGAUAUACUCAGUUUUGUAUGAAUUGGUUAACAGUAUUAGAAUAUUGUUCUAUAAUUUAUUUGUAUACUAAAAUGUCAAAAUAAAUAUAUUUAAUUUUAUGAUUUUUACAUGCAAUAUAUUGUCACAGUGUAUUUAGUGUUAGCCAGUGUUGGUACAAGAAAGAUUUACUUAUUUUUUUUAUAUAAAAAAAUACAGUAUAUAUUUAAAGGAAACUGAGGCUUGAGAUUCUCAACCUUUAAGUACAGGUAUUAAACGGUAUUGUUAAUGUGGCAAAAUAUUUAUAUCUUAAUGAAGAAAGUUAUCUUUAUUAUAACAUAAAUGUACGAUACGUGCAAUUGUAUAUUGAGGUAGUGUACUUCUAAGAACGUAUUUAAAAGAAACAUUGCUUACCUGUACUAUUCAGUAAAAGUGCAAAAAAAUAUGUAAAUAAAAAUCUUUAUGGUA